UCCCCUCGCGGAGUCGCCGCUGACAUCACGCGGCCCGAGGCGGCGGCGCCCCCCGGCCCACCCGCAGCCCCCGUCGCAGAGGCGCCGCGGCGGGGCCCGGCGGAGGAUGGUGCGCGGCGCGCCGGGGGCUCCCCGCCGCCAGGGCCGCAGCGCCGACGCCGAGGCAGAGCCAGCGGCCCCGAGCAGCCGACCCCCGCUCCGGGCGAGGGGUGAGCGGCCGCGGUGAGACGCCCAGGGCGGCGCGGGCGCAGCGGCCAUGGGCGCCCUGACUAGCCGGCAGCACGCGGGCGUGGAGGAGGUGGACAUCCCGUCCAAUUCCGUGUACCGCUACCCGCCCAAGUCCGGAAGCUACUUUGCCAGCCACUUCAUUAUGGGAGGAGAGAAGUUCGACUCCACUCACCCCGAAGGUUACCUGUUUGGAGAGAACAGCGAUCUGAACUUCCUGGGGAACAGGCCGGUGGCGUUUCCGUACGCCGCCCCCCCGCCCCAGGAGCCAGUGAAGACUCUGAGAAGCCUGAUCAACAUUCGGAAGGACACACUGAGGCUCGUCAAGUGUGCGGAGGAAGUGAAGACCCCUGGGGAGGAGGCCGGCAAAGCUAAAGUCCACUACAACGUGGAGUUCACCUUCGACACCGAUGCCCGCGUGGCCAUCACCAUCUACUACCAGGCUACCGAGGAGUUCCAGAACGGCAUUGCCAGCUACGUCCCCAAGGACAACAGCCUGCAGUCGGAGACGGUGCACUUCAAGCGGGGGGUGUGCCAGCAGUUCUGCCUGCCCUCCCACACCGUGGACCUGUCCGAGUGGGCUGAAGAGGAGCUUGGCUUCGAUCUGGACCGGGAGGUCUACCCUCUGGUGGUCCACGCGGUGGUGGACGAAGGAGACGAGUACUUCGGCCAUUGCCACGUGCUGCUGGGCACUUUUGAAAAGCACACAGAUGGGACCUUCUGCGUCAAGCCCCUCAAACAGAAACAAGUAGUGGAUGGGGUCAGCUACCUCCUUCAGGAGAUCUAUGGAAUUGAGAACAAGUACAACACGCAAGAGUCCAAGGUGGCGGAGGACGAAGUGAGCGAUAACAGUGCCGAGUGUGUGGUGUGUCUCUCUGACGUCCGGGACACCUUGAUCCUGCCCUGCCGCCACCUCUGCCUGUGCAACACCUGUGCAGACACCCUGCGUUACCAGGCCAACAACUGCCCCAUCUGCCGACUGCCCUUCCGGGCUCUGCUUCAGAUCCGAGCCAUGAGGAAAAAACUGGGCCCCUUGUCCCCAACCAGCUUUAACCCCAUCAUCUCCUCGCAGACAUCCGACUCGGAAGAGCACUCGUCCUCAGAGAACAUUCCACCAGGUUAUGAAGUGGUGUCUCUUCUGGAGGCCCUCAACGGGCCCCUCACGCCCUCCCCAGCGAUCCCUCCGCUCCACGUGCUUGGAGACGGCCACCUGUCAGGAAUGCUGCCCGCCUACGGCAGCGAAAGCCACCUGCCCCCUAUCCGGACGCUCUCCCCGCUUGACCGCCUGUCCGACUGCAGCAGCCAAGGGCUGAAGCUCAAAAGGAGUCUCUCCAAGUCCGUCUCCCAGAAUUCCUCCGUGCUGCGGGAAGAGGAGGAUGAGCGUUCCUGCAGCGAAUCGGACACGCACCUGUCUCAGAGGCCGUCGGCUCAGCAGCUUGAAGAGGAGUGUGGUGUCACUCCAGACAGUGAGAACCUGACCCUGUCCUCAUCAGGAGGCAUCGACCAGUCAUCUUGCACAGGGACACCUCUGUCUUCCACCAUUUCCUCCCCAGAAGACCCUGCCAGCAGCAGUCUGGCCCAGUCGGUCAUGUCCAUGGUGUCCUCCCAGAGCCGGCACUCCCAGAUCAGCACCGACACGGUCUCCUCCAUGUCUGGCUCCUACAUCGCCCCUGGCACCGGCACCGGCACCGAGGACGAGGGCGAGGCUUUCCCUUCCCCGCUGGGCGACAGCAGGGCUCCCUCCGAGGAAGGAGAGGUGCUGCCGGCGGCGUCUGCAGACAGCAACUUCGUUGGCCUCGCCGAAGAGCAGGACGCAGAGGGGAAUGACGUUAUGGAGGAAGACGAUGGAUCCCCCACACAAGAAGAUGGCCAGAGGACAUGCGCAUUUCUAGGUAUGGAGUGUGACAAUAACAAUGACUUUGACAUCGCAAGCGUGAAAGCACUGGACAAUAAGCUGUGCUCUGAGGUCUGCUUACCCGGCACCUGGCAGGCUGAUGACAACAUUGUCAAUUGUCGGAACACACAGCACCGCCGCCUGUCGUCCAGCAGCCUGGAGGAUGUCGAGAACAGGCCCUGCGUCUGGGGUCCCUUGGCCGUCUGAGAGCCCUGCCCCCAUACCAGAGCUCCCUCCUGUCCCCAGGCUCCCUCCUGGCCUCACUGGACCAAGCGCCCCCUGGGCGUCCUCAGCAGGACACACGGAGACUGUCAUACCCACGUGGAAGCCAGACGUCGAGAUCAGCCUGCUCCUCCUCCCAGCCUCGUGUCCUUCCAUAACCGCCAUCCCUCCCCUCCCAGGACGGACUGGAAGCCUCCUUUCUCCUGCCGCCUGUAACCACUUGAUGAACUGCAGCUCAUGAGACCCUUUGCAGAGACUCUCUAGAAGUUCCCACUGUAUCGUGUGAUCUUCAGGUGGAGCCAAGGUGCACAGGCCGGUGGCUUCCUGAGCAUCCCUUUCCUCGCUGCAGGCAGACCAAGAGACGGAGUCUUCGUGGCUUCCUAACAGCCAUCCGCCCGGCACUUUUUGGUUUCUGGGACAUUGUAACCAACUUGAACCCUCCUGUUGGAGGCGGGCGGUGGGGAUGACUCCUGGGAGAAGGGAAAGCCACAUGGCACUCUCAGUGGCGUUUCCUGAUCCUCAAGGACAGGAGAGACGGUGGCAACCGAGAGGACAGAUGGAAAAACGGUUCUUUCUUCUGGCACGUGAGCUAGUCUCUCAUGCCUCAUGUGUCUGUCUGUUUAGGAAGGGGGCCAUGAACGGGAGAAUACCCCCUAAGUGGUCACCCACAGGAGGGUUUCUUAGGAUCAGGCACGUCCGAGAAGGCCUGGGACUCCGCCCUAGGCAGCAUUUCAGAGCCCUGUUUCAGCCGCCUCCGUGUGCUGGGCGUGUGUGAGCAGCUGCUUCAGCACAACGGCCCCGUUGGGUGGCAUUCUUACCCCUGGCGCCCCCAUCUCCACCCUUGUUGUUAACAGUUUAAUAGUUGAAGAAAUAGGCUGCAAGAAGGGUGGACCAGUGAUCCCCCCGCCACUGGUACCCCGGAGCCCCGAAGGAAGUGGUAGAGAGCACCCAGCUGGGGCCAGCAGUGGGCUGGGAGCCUCCCCACCCUCCCCAUAUUCACCCCCCCAACCUUCCCAUGUUCCUGAGCCUGAUAGGGGAAGGGGAGGUAUUGCCUUCCACAGGCUCAUCCGAGAUUCAGAGAUGCUGUUCAGUUCAUGUGCCCACCCCACCUCCGCCCAGUGCAGGGCAUGUGAACAGAAGCCUGCAAUGGCAAGGCCGCACAGCCCCGCAUGCUGCUGGGUGUUUCUCUCCUCUGAGCCCCAGCGUUAUGGACCCCUCAUCGUGCUCGGGUAGAUGCUUUGUCAACUGGCUUUCAGGAAAGGUGGUUUCUCAGUGAAGCACGGACUGGGAAGCAAAGUUGGGUCCAACGAUUUGUGAGGCUGAGCUGUGGAGCCCAGGCUGUCCCCGUGCUGAUGGCUUGUUAGUAUUGGGCAUUGUCACCGGAGAAGAGUUUCUCGGCGCCCUUUCCAAGACCUCGCAGAGAGCCCAGGGCCCAGGGGAUCCUUUGCACCUGCCUUGUGGCUUCUUUGCACUGCCAGGUGGGUGGGGGACCCUCACACUGCCUAGUGGUUGUGGCUCAUGUUCUGCCCUGGUCAAGGGGGAGGCCCGUGAUUCCGACAGAUGUGACGUGAGCCAAGCCAGACUCUAAGCUGCUGUCUCGAGUUGCCAGCCCCCACCCCCACCCCUGUGUGCUUUCAGUCCCUUUCAUAUUUAAAAACCUGAGCAAUAACCCCCCCUCCCUGAUUUCUUUGCAGUGUGAGCCCCAGAAAACGUCAGGGAACAGGAGCCUCCCUUAGCCUGGGGCACUGGUACACAGACCCACCUCCUCUCCCAGCAGGUAGUAUUCGAGGUGUGCUGUCACCUGAGAUGAAGGAGGUGCGGGUAAACAGUAGCCACAGGGGCCAGGAACCCUAAGAGGAAGCCAUUAUCUUCACCCUUUCUGGGGGGGUCUGUGUCCUCUCCCAGGAAGAUUCUUCUAGGCCUUGGUUCCAUACCCCAGACAUGUGCGUUAUAGAACGGCCCUUCAGUCCUUGUUUUUCAGACCCUUCCUAUCCUCCCGUCCCCGCCACUGCUUCUUUAUUCUCAUCUAGAUCUUUGGCAAACAGUAAAACCCCCUCCAAAGAGGCUGGUCCUCAGUCAGCCUGACCAGGGAUCAGGGCACCUGCCAGCCCCACUGCCCCAUCCAUCCUCUGGACACUGUCACGUCGUAAGCAGUUAACCCACGGAGAGUGGAUGGCCCGGCUCCUCACACACAGGAGCACUGACAAACUGGAGGCCAGUGACUCCUACCUGCCACGCUCAGGUUGGAGCUCUCCCCUGGCCUCCAGGUGGUAGGGGGCUCCCCGCGCCCCACAAAGCUGCUUCUCCUCCUACCCAGCCCCAUCCCACCAGGGUUUAUGCUGGCCUCUGGGGCUGGACUGUGAACUGGAGGCCAUCUCACCUGGAGAGAGUUCAUGUCCUGUCCACCUGACCCUGGCACGCUCAUUGCUCACUUUGCUUUAGGAUCUGCACACCUGGCGUGUGCAAGUGUGUAUGUGUGCUGUUGUGCCCCUCUCCCUCCCUGGAGUUACACUUGGGGGCACACUACAGUGGGAACAUCGAGGAUGCAAUAUUUACGGAUUGCUGCAUGAUUCUUAAAACUGAAUAAAACUGUUUACAAGGGAA